AUGUUAACAUUGGAGAACUUCAAAUAAACAUCAUUCAAGUAACCAAUUAUAAACAGGUAAUUUGCCUAAAUACUCAAAGCCCACGGUCUAUUGAAUCUUGUCGUUUAUGUGGAAUUUUACCGGAAGAGCUCAUUUAAAUUGGUAUAAAAGAACUCAAAAAGAGAAAUCCAGAAUUGAGAUUGAAUAAGUAAGGAUGGGAGAUUAUGUGGUAACAUCAUGAAAUAAGAAGAUAAGAAAAAUUGAAAGCUUGUCUUGAGGCAAGAAAAUAAUUAAUUGAUGCAGGAUUUAAUUUUAAUAAUCAAGAGGAUGAAGAAUAGGUUGUGGAAGAAUCAGAUUAAUAAUAAGUUAGUCAAAAUUAAUAAGAAUUAGAGAAAAUUUAAUGGAGACAAUAAAAAGAGAUUUAAUAAAUGCUUGAACAUGAAAGAAAAUAAUAAGAGAUUCGUGAAAGAAAUGAGUCGAAGUAAAGAUAAUUACAAGAGAGAUAAUAUAUAAGAGAGGAUUAAUUAAGAUAAAGUAGAAUGAAAUAAGAGUAUGAUAGAGUACAAAGAGAGAGAGAUAGAUAAAUAAAAUAAUAACGGGAAGAAUAAAAAUAAAAAAAAAUUGCUAAAUAACAAUAUUAAAAAGAAUUAAAUAGAGUUUAAUUAGAAUAAUUAAGAUAAAAAGAAUUACAAUAAGAAUAUAGAAGAAGAGAAGAGGAAAGAAAAUAGAGACAAUAAUUAUUUAAAGAAUAAAUGAAAGAAAUAUAAUUGAGACAUGAAAUGGAAUUAUAAGUUAAGAGAUAAAUUAUGGAAAUGAAAGAUAGAGAGAGAUUGGAAAAGCAAGAAUAAUCUAGAUAAGAGAAAAUUCGAAUUUCUUAAUAAGCUUAACUUGAAUUAAAAUUUAAAUUAUAAGCUGCUAAAUAACUUUAAAUGGAGAAAUUAGAGAGGAUGAGAGAAUAAUUUGAAGAAAAAUAAAAUAAAAUAGAAGAAAGACGUUCAGAAUUUGAGAGAUAAAAAGAGUAGAAAAUAAUUUAAAAUUAUAUUAAUGCAUAAUAACAUUAAGAAAAAAUUAAGUAAGUCAUUGAAAAAGUAUAAAAUUAAGAAGAACAAAAAUAUUAUGAUUAUUUAUAGAAAUAAGAACUUGUAAAUUAAAGAAAAAGGUAAUAAGAAUUGGAAAAAUUAUAAGAAUAUUUGAUAAAAAAAUAAUAAUAAGAAGAGAAGGAAUAGCAUAGGGUUGAUGCUAUUUAGAAUGCUGAAAAAAAUUAAUAAAUAAAAGCUAUGGAAUUAAAUAAUAAAUUAAUAUAAAAAGAAUAAAUGAUUUUAGAAAAAUAAUUCGAAAAAUAAUAAAUUUAAGAAUAAAUCAAAUUAUAAGAAAUUCUAAAAAUGAAAGAUAAAAAAGAAGCAUUAGAAAGAUUAUAGAGAAAAUAAGAGUAUGAAAAAGAGAUUUAAAGAUAAAAAAUAGAAGAAAAGAUGAGAAGAACUGAAAAUUUAUAAUUAUAAAAAAGUAGAGUCUUAGAAUAAAGAUUGUAAAUGAAGUAAAUAGCUAAUUUUUAGAAAGAAGAAUUAAAAAAUCAAUUUGAAUUAAUUAAAUAGGGAAAAAUUGAUAUCAUUUAAUCUUCUAUUCAAAAUGAUUCAUAAUAAUAAGGAUCUCAUUAAAUUGAAGAUCAUCCUAUUUCAAGCUAAAAAAAAGGAAGACGUAUGUUUAUUAAUCUAUUAAUUUAGCAUAAACUGCACUUCCAAGCAAAAAAACUGAAAUUUAAAGACCAAAAUCUGCAUUAACUAAGAAAGUUCAAAAUGAAGAGAAAAAGGUAAUGAAAAUAAAUGAUGACCCAUAAAAAAGAUAUGAAUUAGAAUUCUUAGAGUAAUAAUAAUAAGAAGAAAUGAUUAAUGUAAUUAAAAUAAAUUAAUUUUAGCUUUUGGAAAACGAGCAAAGAUUAGAAGAAGAAAGAGAAAAAUAAUUAUAUUAGAUAGAGAACAAAAAAGAAUAACUCAGAUUGGAAAAAAUAUUUUAGAUUGAAAGAAAUUAAGCAAAAAAAAGAAUACUUGAUUUGUAGGAAGAACAUAAAAAAUAGAUAGAGGAGUUUAUUUCUAAUUGA